ACAUCGCAUCGCAUCGGUGGCUCGAUCGUUUGCACAAAGAGACAGCAACGCCGGCAGCAGCAGAAGCAGCACCAGAGCAAAGUCAACCGCAUCGAUCGGAAUAGCUGAAGGAAGUGCUGGUCCGAUCGCGCCCGGCGUGGUACUCCACUAUUUCAUUUGCACGAAAGUUAUAUUGCGUAUGGAAUAGAUGCAGAGGAAUCAUUUCGCUUCCGUCUAUCGAGUAGAGUGGUCGUGUUUCGUCCAGGGAUCCUCCUCGGAGUUUGACAGAAAAGUUUCGCUGCUAUCCAAUCCCGGAACCACCAUCCAGUGAAAACGGUACCUAUUACGUUAAACAUUCCCAUAUAGUCAAUUAGUGUGUGAGGAAAACUUUAAAUGAUUGCUAAAUUGUUCAAACAAACAUCGGUUUGAGUGUAGCAUUUCAUUGUUGGAUGUUUUUUUUGUGUUCUAUCUGAAUCGUUAGAAUUACACGCAAGGAGAAAAUAAUUGCAGCGGUAUACCAUCAUCAGAAAGCACACAUCGAGUUAUAAAACCAAUAAACAAGAAUUGGAAGUUUGCCGAAAUUUCCAUUACUCCGUGCAAAAAAAAAAAUUGAUCCAGUUGAAACUUCUCAAGCAACAGUUGUACGGUAUUGAUUCUCGCCAAAAAAGGUACCUCCAGAAUCCGCCUGAAUCCAUCCGAUGUAGUGAUUGUUUUUUUUCCUGGGUUUUGCGCUAUGUGAGUGAUUGCUUUUCAUUUUUUUUAAACGUAAAGUGUGCGCAAAGUGUACGUUCUGAAGAAGAUACAGUUCAUGUGUGGUAUUUAUGUAAUUUGUCUUGAUAAAUCUUGAAUGUUGUCGGAGUUGCCGUUUUAAAGCUGCUUGUUAGAUCCUACGUCCUAGAAGAACCGAGAGAAGAAUUGACCGAUUGUGUGAACCAGGUUGCGCGAAAACGGUGAAGCGUGAGACCAAGAGGCUGAUAAGUUCCGUAUCAACUGACAGGGGUUGUACCGGUCGAUUGGCGUGUGAUUUCUGCACAGAUCGCAGAUCGUACGCAUCCUAGAGAAAAAAGAGAUCAAACGGGCCCGGUGUGUCAGAGGUCAUCGAAAAAGUUUUAUUCAAUAGACAUCAAAAUGAUCAGCCGAGUUGUAGUGCUUUGCCUUUUGGCACACCUAGUGGCCAACUCCGUCCUUGCAGCACCCGUGGAACGCUCGCAACUUCUCUCGUCAAUCCAAGAAAUUCAACGAAAAUAUGCAUCGAUGGAAAGUGAAGAAUCACCAUCAAAGGAAAAAGUCGGCGCGGAAUUGGAAAAUGUUAACGACAGCAAACCGGAAGUCGACGUAGAUAACAUCGAAAACAUGGAAGCCACGGUUGAAAGUGUUGAAAAUCAGAUGCCAAAAGACACAACGCGUAAAGGCAAAGUCCUUAAAUCAAAAUUCAUGGAAGAUCUUUCAGCACAAGGUACCCAACGUAAAAACAAAAUGUUUGGAUUCUACGGCUACUACCCUCAACCAACGUAUCCUCAGCCAAUGGCCUAUCCUUCGUACUAUCCCCUAGAAUACUACGAUGACUAUGUUCCUCUUGAAAGCUACCCGAACGUUAAUUCUUUACUCAACUACCAGAACUACCAACAAAACAUGGCAGCCUAUCAAAACAUGGCAUCCCUUCAAAAUUUGAACAAUUAUCAGCUACCAAAUGUCGCACCAACCAAUAUUCCUAGUUUGAACAAUAUGGAUAAUAAUCAGGCAUCACAAGACUAUCAAAACCUUGCCCAAUAUUCCAAUGGCGAGAACAUGGAUGAAGAAGAAAUUCUCUCGCGUACAAAUCAAGGUGUUCGCCGCCGUCCAAAUCAAAAGAAUUCACCAAUUUACUACAUUCGUCUGCCCCCAACUCCAUACAUGUUCGUACCUGGACUUGGUUACAUCUCGCAACCACCAACCAUUCAACCAAUGACUCCAGCUGUCCCCCAAUAUCCGCAGUUGGCUCCACCUGUUAACAUGAGCCCCUUCUACAAUGUGCCUAUCAAUUUUGUAUCUAACGGUAAACCCUCUGGAAUCUAUCAAUGGAGUGGAGCGCCUUCCCCUGCACCUAUGCCACAGCCAGCAUAUGCUCUCCCGUAUCCUGUCGCAAGGCCACCUCCAGCUCGCCCUGCAUUCAGGCCAAAUCCAUUCGUGCAGGAUUCUAAAAUCACCCAUUUGAAGGGACCAUUCAUCUUCAACGGCAGACCCGAAGAGAUCUUCCUGUUGCAAAACUCGAUCAAUCCAUUCUUCCAAGCUCCACUCAACCCGAUCAGCCCUAUUAGCGGAUAUUACUAGGAUGUGAUAAUGUUUGAUUGUGUGACAACGAAUUAUUAAGCAAGGUUAACGGAUGCUAUGCUUGCAUAACUGUCUCAUGGAACUAAAGCAAGAUUGGCCAGUUAUGUGAGUGUCUGCAGUUAGGUGGGUUUCACGUAGCGUAUCUUGAUUGUUAUAAAUUCGGACAUUUAAAUAUCGCACAGCAGUAUUUAUUAGCAGCCUCAAGCUCAUUCAUUGAAACCAUAAAGCUCAAUUGAACAUUUUACACGAAACCAUUCCAAAAACUUGAAAUGAAAAGCUCCGUGCUUUUCCAUCCAAUUCUUGCAUACAACAUCGCACCACUCAGCCUCACCGAAUGAAACAAAAUUAAGCACCGAUAUGUGAAACUUUUCCUCAAUGAAGCCAACUUGCUUCUCAGUGCCUCAAAUUAAUUGUAAAGCUUACGCCGUAUAAUUUACCCAGUAGCACAUCUGAUGUCUUUCCACGAUCCAGCUUUUUAUUUCUGCUAUAAUUUCAAACGAUCAUACGCGUGGUGAAACGAAUUUACCUUACGGACGAUAUUGAACACAAUCUUGUAUGCAAUAAACUUACGAUAAGAUUCUUCACAACUUGAUGAAAUGUUUCCUGCAAGCACGCAAAUCUAGACUAUGUUGCGCAACAUUUUUGUGCGACUUGAGGAAUAUUUCAUUGACUUGCUGCAUUUCCUAACUUAUUGAACUAACGACAAAGCGUAGCUUAGCGUAUCCAAUCAUGUAUUUAUAUAGGUUUAAUAAUCGCUUCGGAUUGUUCACAAAUGAUAGAGUCAAUUCUAUCGAUAGUUUUGUAGUUCACUGCAAUCAGUUAGAAAAAAGUAACUUCAUUAUAAAUCGAGCUCAAUUUAUAAUAUUAGAUAAUAAAAUAGCAAUCGAAUAUGCAAUUAGUUACAUAAAUGGAAUGAAGCUAGUGCGACGAAUUCGAAUAUCGAGUAUUUAAUACAAAGUAGUAGUGCUAAACGAUAGGCAUUAUAGUUGAACAUGUGUUAGCCGGUAAGAUUUUCAUAACUUGUCAAAAUAACAAAAUGAAAUUUUAUAUCAAUGUUAAUACAAUCAAUAUUAAUAUAUUAUUAUAUUAUUUUUAUCAAUAUUGAAUACUGUUUCGGAAAUGUUCAAAAUUGUUUUUGAAUUGUCUUAAGAGUUAAAUAAGCUAUUAUGAUCAUAGAACUUUGGAAUUGCUGGCAAAUUAGUUCGAACAAAAAAUGCAUCGCAUGAAUCGAACUAAAUAGAGAGAAAAACGUAGUAUUGUAGUGAAUAGGUGAACAACAAAUUGUACUGAUUACGUGUAGAGAAUAAAAGAAGUCUUCAAA